UUGUUCUGUUGAAGAAAAAGAGACCUGGAGAGCCACUCCCCUUCAGAAAUAGAGUAUAUAUUGUGAGGUCCUCCUUACCAACAACACCUGGUGAGGUGGGUACCACCAUGAUUUUGGCAUGGCUUCUCUUGUUGGGUCCAGCAAUUCUGGAGGCCAAAACAGCUCCCUACGUCCAUCUGGUGAACGGCAGGCACCGGUGUGAAGGUCGCGUUGAGAUCUACUACCGGGGACGGUCGGGGACAGUUUGUGAUGACUUCUGGGACCUCGCUGACGCCCAGGUUGUGUGCAGGCAGCUGGGGUGUGGCAGGGCCAUUGCAGCUCUGGGAAGUGCCUACUUCGGGCAAGGCUCAGGUGACAUCGUGCUGGACAAUGUGAGGUGCAGCGGAAAUGAGGUGUCCUUGCUGCGCUGCAAUCACACAGGGUGGAGGAUCCACAACUGUGGCCACUAUGAAGAUGCUUCUGUUGUCUGUUCAGAGGAGUCUGAUUCAAAACAAGCAGAGCCAACAACAACAUAUACAACAGAUUCAGCACUGGAGACAACAUCCACAGGAGGGACAACACCCACAGAAUCAAUGAUGUCUCUAGGAGAGACAUCGAUGCCAGCAUCAACAGUCUUCACAGAGGAGAUGGCAUCCCCAUGGGAGAUGGCCACAACUGGAUUAACAACCAACACAGAGGAGAAGACAACCCCAUGGCAGACAACCUCCAUGGUGCCACCAACCUCCAAUGCAGAGACAUCCUUCCUAGCAGAGAGGGCAACCACAGUGCCAAUGACAACCCUAGAAGUCACAUCCAACCCACGGCAAACGACCAUGAGAGAGAUGUCAACUUUACCAGAAAUAGAAGUGUCAUCCUCUGCCCUACCACUGCUGUACUCACUGCCUGAUAUGGUCAACCCAGUGGAGGAGAGCACAACAGCUCUGCUUUUCAUGUCCAUUGCUACUGCACUAAUGACCUCCUUAGCAGGAGCAUCCAGCCCAGCAUACCCGACCAGCACAGCGCUACACGCUAGCAUGCCAGAGACAUCCACCUCAGCAGAGAUGACCACCCCAGUGCUACCCAGUAGCAUACCAGAGAUGUCCACCUCAGCAGUGACGUCCAGACCAGCAGAGAUGACAACCUCACCAGAGACAACCACAUUCGCAAGGAUGAUAACCUCAUCAUUGUUGGGCACCUCAGAGAAACCAGCUAUGAGAGCAGAGAAGAGCACACCAGCAGGGAUGCCCAUGAUAGAGCAGAAGAUAAAGGAAACAACCUUCAUAGCACAGAUGACAGCCUCAGCAGAGACAACAGCCUCAGCAGAGACAGCCACCUCAGCAGUGACAACCACCUCAGCAGAGAUGGAGACUACAGCAGGGAUUGCAAGAGAGGAAAGGAGCACACCAGCUCCAGCACCCACCACAUCCAGGCCAUACUCCACAGGGCCCAGCGUGCGGCUGUCGGGCGGCAGGAACGGCUGCGAGGGCCGCGUGGAGCUGUACGACGGCAGCACCUGGGGCACGGUGUGUGACGACCAGUGGGACCUGCAGGAUGCCCGGGUGGUGUGCCAGCAGCUGGGCUGUGGAGAGCCCCUGGCUGCACUGGACACUGCUCACUUUGGCCCGGGCUCCGGCCACAUCUUCCUGGACGACGUGCAGUGCCGCGGGGAUGAGCCCUCCCUCCAGAUGUGCCGGCACAGUGGCUGGGGCGUGCACAACUGCAGGCAUGUGGAGGAUGCCAGUGUCAUCUGUGCAGCUGCCAAUCCAACCCCUCCUGCUCAAGGGCCGUACACAACAGGGCCCAGCGUGCGGCUGUCAGGCGGCAGGAACGGCUGCGAGGGCCGCGUGGAGCUGUACGACGGCAGCACCUGGGGCACGGUGUGUGACGACCAGUGGGACCUGCAGGAUGCCCAGGUGGUGUGCCAGCAGCUGGGCUGUGGAGAGCCCCUGGAUGCCCCACAAAAUGCACACUUUGGCCCGGGCUCCGGCCACAUCUUCCUGGACGACGUGCAGUGCCGCGGGGAUGAGCCCUUCCUCCAGAUGUGCCGGCACAGCGGCUGGGGUGUGCACAACUGCGGGCAUGUGGAGGAUGCCAGUGUCAUCUGUGCAGCCGCCAAUCCAACCACUCCUUCUCAAUGGCCACUCACAACAGGGCCCAGCGUGCGCCUGUCGGGCGGCAGGAACGGCUGCGAGGGCCGCGUGGAGCUGUACGACGGCAGCACCUGGGGCACGGUGUGUGAUGACCAGUGGGACCUGCGGGAUGCCCGGGUGGUGUGCCAGCAGCUGGGCUGUGGCCAGCCCCUGGGAGCCCCACGCAAUGCUCGCUUUGGCCCGGGCUCCGGCCGCAUCUUCCUGGACGACGUGCAGUGCCGCGGGGAUGAGCCCUCCCUCCAGAUGUGCCAGCACAGCGGCUGGGGCGUGCACAACUGCGGGCACGUGGAGGAUGCCAGUGUCAUCUGUGCAGAGACAUCCACCCUUCUGGAACUGAACAGCACAGCACCAGCCCCUGCCACAACUGAGGAGUCCAGCCCUGCACUGCUGACCACCACUAGCACAGUGGCUAGCACAGCAAAGAGCAGCACACCAGCUCCAGCACCCACCACAUCCAGGCCAUACUCCACAGGGCCCAGCGUGCGGCUGUCGGGCGGCAGGAACGGCUGCGAGGGCCGCGUGGAGCUGUACGACGGCAGCACCUGGGGCACGGUGUGUGACGACCAGUGGGACCUGCGGGAUGCCCGGGUGGUGUGCCAGCAGCUGGGCUGUGGCCAGCCUCUGGGAGCCCCAGGCAACGCUCGCUUUGGCCCGGGCUCCGGCCGCAUCUUCCUGGACGACGUGCAGUGCCGAGGGGAUGAGCCCUCCCUCCAGAUGUGCCGGCACAGCGGCUGGGGCGUGCACAACUGCAGGCACGUGGAGGAUGCCAGUGUCAUCUGUGCAGCCCCUGAGCCAAACCUUCCUCCUCAAUGGCAACUCACAACAGGGCCCAGUGUGCGGCUGUCGGGCGGCAGGAACGGCUGCGAGGGCCGCGUGGAGCUGUACGACGGCAGCACCUGGGGCACGGUGUGUGACGACCAGUGGGACCUGCGGGAUGCCCAGGUGGUGUGCCAGCAGCUGGGCUGUGGCCAGCCUCUGGGAGCCCCAGGCAGCGCUCGCUUUGGCCCGGGCUCCGGCCGCAUCUUCCUGGAUGACGUGCAGUGCCGCGGGGAUGAGCCCUCCCUCCAGAUGUGCCGGCACAGCGGCUGGGGCGUGCACAACUGCGGGCAUGUGGAGGAUGCCAGUGUCAUCUGUGCAGCCCCUGAGCCAAACCCUCCUCCUCAAUGGCAAGUCACAACAGGGCCCAGCGUGCGGCUGUCGGGCGGCAGGAAUGGCUGCGAGGGCCGCGUGGAGCUGUACGACGGCAGCACCUGGGGCACGGUGUGUGACGACCAGUGGGACCUGCAGGAUGCCCGUGUGGUGUGCCAGCAGCUGGGCUGUGGAGAGCCCCUGGAUGCCCCACAAAAUGCACACUUUGGCCCGGGCUCCGGCCACAUCUUCCUGGACGACGUGCAGUGCCGAGGGGAUGAGCCCUUCCUCCAGAUGUGCCGGCACAGUGGCUGGGGCGUGCACAACUGCGGGCAUGUGGAGGAUGCCAGUGUCAUCUGUGCAGCCGCCAAUCCAACCACUCCUUCUCAAUGGCCACUCACAACAGGGCCCAGCGUGCGCCUGUCGGGCGGCAGGAACGGCUGCGAGGGCCGCGUGGAGCUGUACGACGGCAGCACCUGGGGCACGGUGUGUGAUGACCAGUGGGACCUGCGGGAUGCCCAGGUGGUGUGCCAGCAGCUGGGCUGUGGCCAGCCUCUGGGAGCCCCAGGCAACGCUCGCUUUGGCCCGGGCUCCGGCCGCAUCUUCCUGGACGACGUGCAGUGCCGCGGGGAUGAGCCCUCCCUCCAGAUGUGCCAGCACAGCGGCUGGGGCGUGCACAACUGCGGGCACGUGGAGGAUGCCAGUGUCAUCUGUGCAGAGACAUCCACCCUUCUGGAACUGAACAGCACAGCACCAGCCCCUGCCACAACUGAGGAGUCCAGCCCAGCACUGCUGACCACCACUAGCACAGUGGCUAGCACAGCAGAGAGCAGCACACCAGCUCCAGCACCCACCACAUCCAGGCCAUACUCCACAGGGCCCAGCGUGCGGCUGUCGGGCGGCAGGAACGGCUGCGAGGGCCGCGUGGAGCUGUACGAUGGCAGCACCUGGGGCACGGUGUGUGACGACCAGUGGGACCUGCAGGAUGUCCGGGUGGUGUGCCAGCAGCUGGGCUGUGGCCAGCCCCUGGGAGCCCCAGGCAACGCUCGCUUUGGCCCGGGCUCCGGCCGCAUCUUCCUGGACGACGUGCAGUGCCGAGGGGAUGAGCCCUCCCUCCAGAUGUGCCGGCACAGCGGCUGGGGCGUGCACAACUGCGGGCACGUGGAGGAUGCCAGUGUCAUCUGUGCAGCCCCUGAGCCAAACCCUCCUCCUCAAUGGCAACUCACAACAGGGCCCAGCGUGCGGCUGUCGGGCGGCAGGAACGGCUGCGAGGGCCGCGUGGAGCUGUACGACGGCAGCACCUGGGGCACGGUGUGUGACGACCAGUGGGACCUGCGGGAUGCCCAGGUGGUGUGCCAGCAGCUCGGCUGUGGCCAGCCCCUGGGAGCCCCAGGCAGCGCUCGCUUUGGCCCGGGAUCCGGCCGCAUCUUCCUGGACGACGUGCAGUGCCGCGGGGAUGAGCCCUCCCUCCAGAUGUGCCGGCACAGCGGCUGGGGCGUGCACAACUGUGGGCACGUGGAGGAUGCCAGUGUCAUCUGUGCAGAGACAUCCACCCUUCUGGAACUGAACAGCACAGCACCAGCCCCUGCCACAACUGAGGAGUCCAGCCCAGCACUGCUGACCACCACUAGCACAGUGGCUAGCACAGCAAAGAGCAGCACACCAGCUCCAGCACCCACCACAUCCAGGCCAUACUCCACAGGGCCCAGCGUGCGGCUGUCGGGCGGCAGGAACGGCUGCGAGGGCCGCGUGGAGCUGUACGACGGCAGCACCUGGGGCACGGUGUGUGACGACCAGUGGGACCUGCGGGAUGCCCAGGUGGUGUGCCAGCAGCUGGGCUGUGGAGAGCCCCUGGGAGCCCCAGGCAACGCUCGCUUUGGCCCGGGCUCCGGCCGCAUCUUCCUGGACGACGUGCAGUGCCGCGGGGAUGAGCCCUCCCUCCAGAUGUGCCGGCACAGCGGCUGGGGCGUGCACAACUGCGGGCACGUGGAGGAUGCCAGUGUCAUCUGUGCAGCCCCUGAGCCAAACCCUCCUCCUCAAUGGCAACUCACAACAGGGCCCAGCGUGCGGCUGUCGGGCGGCAGGAACGGCUGCGAGGGCCGCGUGGAGCUGUACGAUGGCAGCACCUGGGGCACGGUGUGUGACGACCAGUGGGACCUGCAGGAUGCCCGGGUGGUGUGCCAGCAGCUGGGCUGUGGCCAGCCCCUGGGAGCCCCAGGCAACGCUCGCUUUGGCCCGGGCACCGGCCGCAUCUUCCUGGACGACGUGCAGUGCCGCGGGGAUGAGCCUUCCCUCCAGAUGUGCCGGCACAGCGGCUGGGGCGUGCACAACUGCGGGCACGUGGAGGAUGCCAGUGUCAUCUGUGCAGCCCCUGAGCCAAACCCUCCUCCUCAAUGGCAACUCACAACAGGGCCCAGCGUGCGGCUGUCGGGCGGCAGGAACGGCUGCGAGGGCCGCGUGGAGCUGUACGACGGCAGCACCUGGGGCACGGUGUGUGACGACCAGUGGGACCUGCAGGAUGCCCAGGUGGUGUGCCAGCAGCUCGGCUGUGGCCAGCCCCUGGGAGCCCCAGGCAACGCUCGCUUUGGCCCGGGCUCCGGCCGCAUCUUCCUGGAUGACGUGCAGUGCCACGGGGAUGAGCCUUCCCUCCAGAUGUGCCGGCACAGCGGCUGGGGCGUGCACAACUGCGGGCACGUGGAGGAUGCCAGUGUCAUCUGUGCAGCCCCUGAGCCAAACCCUCCUACUCAAUGGCAACUCACAACAGGGCCCAGUGUGCGGCUGUCGGGCGGCAGGAACGGCUGCGAGGGCCGCGUGGAGCUGUACGACGGCAGCACCUGGGGCACGGUGUGUGACGACCAGUGGGACCUGCGGGAUGCCCAGGUGGUGUGCCAGCAGCUGGGAUGUGGCCAGCCCCUGGGAGCCCCAGGCAACGCUCGCUUUGGCCCGGGCACCGGCCGCAUCUUCCUGGACGACGUGCAGUGCCGCGGGGAUGAGCCCUCCCUCCAGAUGUGCCGGCACAGCGGCUGGGGCGUGCACAACUGCAGGCACGUGGAGGAUGCCAGUGUCAUCUGUGCAGAGACAUCCACCCUUCUGGAACUGAACAGCACAGUACCAGCCCCUGCCACAACUGAGGAAUCCAGCCCAGCACUGCUGACCACCACUAGCACAGUGGCUAGCACAGCAAAGAGCAGCACACCAGCUCCAGUGGCCACCUCAACACCUCCACCAGCACCUUAUUUUUGUGGUGGCUCAGUCUCAGAUCCCUCUGGGGUGCUGCAGAGUCCCAACUAUCCUGGAAAUUAUCCAAAUGACGCCGACUGCGCGUGGGAAAUACAAGUGGAGAACAAUUUCCGUGUAACGCUCACAUUUAGAGAUAUUGUGAUGCAAAGUGGGACAUGCCAACACGACUACAUUGAAGUUUAUGAUGGACCUCUCCACUCUUCCCCUCUUCUUGGGAGAUUCUGUUCUGGUUCCUUUCCCACAUAUGUGUCCUCUUCAAACAUGAUGAGUGUUCGCUUCCACAGCGAUUCCAGAUACUCCUUCAGAGGUUUUCAGGCUUACUACUCCUCCAUUCCAGCAGGUCACAACACCACCAUUCAGUGCUUGCCAGACUACAUGCACGUAGUGGUCAGCAGAGGCUACCUCCAGUCUCAGGGCUACUCAGCACAGAGGGUCACCCUGAAGGACAGUCGCUGCAGACCCACAGUCACCUCACAGGAGGUGGUAUUCAACAUUCCCUACAAUGGCUGUGGGACCAUGCAAGAGGAGAACAACGACACGAUCAACUACUCCAACACCAUCAGGGUCGCAUCUUCCGGGUACAUAAUCAGGAGGAAGAAGAACAUCAACCUGCACGUCAGCUGCAAAAUGCUGAGGAAGAGCUGGCAGCAGGUGGUGUAUGCUGCUGAGGACACCGUGGAUGUGGACGAGUACCAGUUUGGAAGAUACAACAUGAACAUCACCUUCUACGAGUCCCCGGCGUUCCGGCGCCAAGUGCGCGGCUCCCCCUACUACAUCGACCUCAACCAAAACCUCUACCUGCAAGCCUGUCUUCACAGCUCAGACCCAAACCUGAAGGUGGUUGUGGACACGUGUGUGGCAUCACCUGACCCUCGUGAUUUUAACACGCUGGCCUAUUACCUAGUCAGGAACAGGUGUCCUAGAGAUUCUUCCUAUGCCACCUACUACUCCCCUUCCAGCCACUUUGCUCGGUUCAAGUUUAACGCCUUCGAGUUCAUGAGCCGGCACCCGUCGGUGUACCUCAAGUGCCAGAUGCUGGUCUGCAGGCUCGGGGACUACUCCUCCCACUGCUACCAGGGCUGCAGCUCCAGGGCCAAGAGAGACACCAGCCCUGCUGAGGAACAAGUGGAUGUGGUGGUUGGGCCCCUUCAGCUCCGAGGAGGGGAUGCUCCCAGUGGGAGCACCGGGAAAGAUGAAUAAAUUUCUCUCACGUUUGCUCCAGGGUGACCAACGGGCUCCAGGAAAAGCCACAGCUCUGUCGCCUCUCACUGAAAUCUGCUUUUGUCAACUUUGCCAUGAAAAGGAAGAGAUCGACACCUUACAAGCUUCUGCUUUCACCCACAUUUUAAAAAGUGUAACUUCUCUGGCUGUCCUGAAGGACAGUUCCCUGUAAUCCUUUUUAGUACUCCUUGAUUUGUGCUAAUUAGCUCCAGUCUGAUUGUGGAUUUGAUGGCACUUGGGGAUAUGGUUUAUUGGUGGACUUAUCUCUGCUAGUUUAAUGGUAGGACUCAAUAACCUUAAAGAUCUUUUCUAACUUAAAUGAUCCCAUGAUUCCAUGACACCCAGCUGGGAGCAAAUUCCCCGACUUCUUGAGAGAUAUUUCAUUCCCUCAGUUGUGUUCUGCUUAUGAAGUUUGUUUAGUUGAGUUGUUGUCCCUGCUAAUAUGAAGCCUAUCCAAAUAGUUGAAAGCAAUGAAUCUGUGAGUUUGCUUAUUUCUGACUUUGAUCUGGGAGCCAUCCCUUUAAAACUGGAGAUCUUUGUGCCUUGACCUUCAAUACACUGAGAUCAAACCCCAAAAAAUUUCACUCAUAGGGUUGGGCUCUUCUAGCAACAAGAAUUAUAGCUAUACAAUAUUCUAAUUACUGAGUAUUGCUUUUAGUGCUACAUUUCUCAUUGAAACAAUGAUGGGUCUGCACUUAUUUAUAAAAUGCAGAGAUUUCCAAGCUAAAAUGAAUCUGUUCUGUGAGCAGUGUAAUUUAUAAUCAAAGGAAGGAAUGUUUACAAAGCAAUAAAUCUAUUUUGUCUCUCCAA